AUGGCAGCCAAACAUUUACGUCGAUAUUUCCUACUCUGUCUUUUAAUAGGCAUUUUUGACGGUAUUCGGACUGCUCCAGUGGCACAAGCAGAUACUGAUAAUGGUGAAAGAAAUCUGAGUUGGCGUAAUGAUGAAGAUGAUGAUGUAAAUGGAAAUGAUGAGUAUCUACAAGGAACUGGACCAGGAGAGGAAGAAGACGAUGAAGCAAAUGAAAAUGAUGAGUAUCUACAAGGAACUGGACCAGGAGAGGAUGAUGCAAAUGGUGAGUAUAUUCAAGGAAUUGGACCAGGAGAGGAAGAUGGUGAAGAUGAUGAUUUUGGGAUGAAAGAAUGGGAUCAUGAAAAUCAAAAUGGGGAUGAAUUUCAAGUAGAGAAAGAAUGGACUGAAAAUGAAAAUACUAAUGCAGUCAAAACAAAUCCUGAAGAUAAAAGCCCAAAUCCUGAAGUACUAAAACAGAAUCCCGGAGCACCUGAUCUAAAUCCUGUAUUAUCCAACCCAAAUCCAGAUGUACCCAAUCCAAAUCCUGGAGUAUCCAAACCAAAUCCUGGAGUACCCAAUCAAAACCCAGGAAUAUCCAACACAAAUCCUAAAAUUCCUGAAGUACCUAACCAAAGUCCUGAAGUAGCCAACCAGAAUCUAGGAACCAUCGAUCAGGGCAAGUCUGGACUUGAGACCAACAAAGAUGAAAAUGAUAUGGAGAAGGAGACUAUAAAUGAAAAUGACAUAGAAACAGCGGGAUCUGAUAUUCGUGAUGACAAAACAGGAGAUCAGACACAAGAACAACCUGGAAGUGCCCAUGGACAGACACAAGAUCAACCUAACUCUCAAACUGGAGGAAGUGCCCCUGGACAGACACAAGAUCAAUCAAACACCCUAACUGGAGGAAAUGCCCCUGGACAGACACAAGAUCAAUCAAACACUCAAACUGGAGGAAGUGCCCCUGGACUAACACAAGAUCAACCUAACUCCCUAACUGGAGGAAGUGCUCCUGGACAGACACAAGAUCAAUCAAACACUCAAACUGGAGGAAGAGCCCCUGGACAGACACAAGAUCAAUCAAACACUCAAACUGGAGGAAGAGCCCCUGGACAGACACAAGAUCAAUCAAACACCCUAACUGGAGGAAGUGCCCCUGGACAGACACAAGAUCAAUCAAACACUCAAACUGGAGGAAGAGCCCCUGGACAGACACAAGAUCAAUCAAACACCCUAACUGGAGGAAGUGCCCCUGGACAGACACAAGAUCAACUUAACUCCCAAACUGGAGGAAGUGCCCCUGGACAGACACAAGAUCAAUCAAACACCCUAACUGGAGGAAGUGCCCCAGGACAGACACAAGAUCAAUCAAACACUCAAACUGGAGGAAGUGCCCCUGGACAGACACAAGAUCAACCUAACUCCCAAACUGGAGGAAGUGCCUUUGGACAGACACAAGAUCAACCUAACUCCCAAACUGGAGGAAGUGCCCCAGGGCAGACACAAGAUCAAUCAAACACCCUAACUGGAGGAAGUGCCCCUGGACAGACACAAGAUCAACUUAACUCCCAAACUGGAGGAAGUGCCCCUGGACAGACACAAGAUCAAUCAAACACCCUAACUGGAGGAAGUGCCCCUGGACAGACACAAGAUCAACCUAACUCCCAAACUGGAGGAAGUGCCCCUGGACAGACACAAGAUCAACCUAACUCCCAAACUGGAGGAAGUGCCCCUGGACAGACACAAGAUCAAUCAAACACCCUAACUGGAGGAAGUGCCCCUGGACAGACACAAGAUCAACCUAACUCCCAAACUGGAGGAAGUGCCCCUGGACAGACACAAGAUCAAUCAAACUCCCAAACUGGAGGAAGUGCCCCUGGACAGACACAAGAUCAAUCAAACACUCAAACUGGAGGAAGUGCCCCUGGACAGACACAAGAUCAAUCAAACACUCAAACUGGAGGAAGUGCCCCUGGACAGACACAAGAUCAACCUAACUCCCAAACUGGAGGAAGUGCCCCUGGACAGACACAAGAUCAACCUAACUCCCAAAUUGGAGGAAGUGCCCCUGGACUAACACAAGAUCAACCAAACACUCAAACUGGAGGAAGUGCCCCUGGACAGACACAAGAUCAAUCAAACACCCUAACUGGAGGAAGUGCCCCUGGACAGACACAAGAUCAACCUAACUCCCAAACUGGGGGAAGUGCCCCUGGACAGACACAAGAUCAACCAAACACCCUCACUGGAGGAAGUGCCCCUGGACAGACACAAGAUCAACCUAACUCCCAAACUGGAGAAAGUUCCCCUGGACAGACACAAGAUCAACCUAACUCUCAAACUGGAGGAAGUGCCCCUGGACAGACACAAGAUCAAUCAAACACCCUAACUGGAGGAAGUGCCCCUGGACAGACACAAGAUCAACCUAACUCCCAAACUGGAGGAAGUGCCCCUGGACAGACACAAGAUCAACCAAACACUCAAACUGGAGGAAGUGCCCCUGGACAGACACAAGAUCAAUCAAACACCCUAACUGGAGGAAAUGCCCCUGGACAGACACAAGAUCAAUCAAACACUCAAACUGGAGGAAGUGCCCCUGGACAGACACAAGAUCAACCUAACUCCCAAACUGGAGGAAAUGCCCCUGAACAGACACAAGAUCAAUCAAACACUCAAACUGGAGGAAGUGCCCCUGGACAGACACAAGAUCAACCUAACUCCCAAACUGGAGGAAGUUCCCCAGACCAGACACAAGAUCAACCUAACUCCCAAACUGGAGGAAGUGCACCAGGAGAGACACAAGAUCAAGAAGAUUCUGAAAACCGAGACGAAAGUUCUGAACAAGAUCAGGAUAAGAUGCCUCCAAUUGAUACUGCUGUAAGGCCAGAUGAAAAUGUUGUAAGGCAACCAGAACAGAAUGUUGCUGCUGAAGCUUCUAAUAAAAGAUUACCAAACCCUAUUCUUGAAGAGGAAGCAAAAUCAAGUCAUUUCAUGGCAUACUUUCUCACUGCAGUUGUACUGUGCAUUGUGGGAUACGUCGCCUUUCAUAAUAAACAAAAGUUGAUCGCCUAUGUUAUUGAAGGUAGAAAUGGCAAUAGCCGCCGUAGAAGACCGAACACGAGUGAGUAUCGGAAACUAGACACAAAUAUGGAAGAGUUAGCUUCUUUGGUCGAGGAAGAUAGCGAUAAACUCAAGAUUGACGUCACAAAACCUGUAGUAUUUUAG